GCGGACGCAUUCGCAAUUUAAAUUUAUUUGCUACUCAUUUUUUUACCGUUCAAAUUUUACUGUUCAAAUUUAUCAUUUUUUUCAAAAUAUAUAUUUUUAAAUAAUUGAAAGUAUAUAUUAUUUUUAUACAUAUAGAUAUAUAUGUAUAGUUUUUUUUUUUUUUUUUAAUAAUUUAGUGCGUAAUUUUAAAUAAUCGACUGGUGAAGUUAAAAAAAUUUUUGAAUUUGAAUAUACGCAAGGGCCGAUGGUGAAUUUUUGAAACAUUGUUUUAAUUAGCAAAGUUUUUUUAAUUUAACUUGUUGUUACUUAUGUACAUAUUUUAAUUAGCUAGUUUAUUUGACUUUACUGUGUAUCACUGACAAGUAUUAAAAAACUUUUAAUUGCUCGGAGAUUUUUUGCGCUAAGUGGCGCGUUUUGAAUCUCGAAUUAGUCCUGGCAUGUCAAUUCCAAUGACGACUGUAGGAAAUGGUAACAUGACACCUGUUUUGGUUAAUUCACGUCCUGAUGACAUACGGAAGCGUAUUAUUGGAGCUGACACUCAGACACCAGCGGAUUUUUCAAGAUGUGGAAGUGUUUUAAUUGGACUAUCGUGGGCCCUCGUUAUUCUUACGAUGCCAUUUUCACUUUUUAUUUGUUUCAAGGUCGUACAAGAAUAUGAACGAGCGGUUAUAUUUAGACUAGGAAGAUUAUUAUCUGGUGGCGCUAAAGGCCCUGGUAUUUUUUUUAUACUUCCCUGUAUCGAUUGUUAUGCACGAGUUGAUUUGCGUACUCGUACAUAUGACAUCCCGCCACAAGAAGUGCUAACAAAAGACAGCGUGACAGUGUCAGUUGAUGCAGUAGUUUACUACCGAGUUAAUAAUGCAACAAUAUCGAUUGCAAAUGUUGAAAAUGCCCAUCACAGUACACGUUUACUUGCACAAACAACAUUGCGUAAUACUAUGGGCACGAGGCCGCUGCACGAAAUAUUGAGUGAACGCGAAACAAUUUCCACAAACAUGCAGGCUUCGCUGGAUGAAGCGACAGACACCUGGGGAAUCAAAGUCGAACGGGUUGAAAUCAAAGACGUCCGUCUGCCAGUUCAAUUGCAACGUGCGAUGGCUGCAGAAGCCGAAGCCGCACGUGAAGCACGUGCAAAGGUUAUCGCUGCAGAGGGUGAACAGAAGGCGAGCAGAGCAUUGAGAGAAGCAUCUGAAGUUAUCGGUGACUCUCCCGCAGCAUUACAACUUCGUUACCUUCAGACAUUGAACACAAUAUCAGCAGAGAAAAACUCCACCAUCGUCUUUCCACUUCCCAUCGACAUGCUGACAUAUUUCAUGAAGAACGCAUCUAAUAAUAAUUAAAAGACUUUUCUUUAAAUUAAAAAAAAAAAAAAACUUAAUCAAUAAAUAAACACUGCACCAAAAAAUCAUUUUAUUAAUUUAUACGUCUACCAUCCACAUUUUUCGCACCUACAUUAUUGAAUUUUUAGACUCCGCACCAUUCAUAAUUAUUAUUAUCAAUUAAAAUAUUAAUUACAUGCAUCAAUUAUUUAUAGAAUAAAUAUACAUACAUAUAUAUAUAU